UGGAACCCUUACUACUUCAGCGGCAAGAUGGUGUUCACUGUUAAGGACAUGACCUUCAAGGCUGGUCAGGAGCUGACCAUCUCCGGCAAACCCAAAUCUGGAUGUAAUUUAUUCUCCAUCAAUAUCGGUCAUGACGCUGAAAACAUCGCACUCCACUUCAACCCACGCUUUAGCCACCGGAAUGACACAAAUGUCAUUGUGUGUAACUCACUCCGUGGAGCCUGGGGCGAGGAGGUGAAGGAGCACAGCUUUCCCUUCUCCCAGGGCGAGUCCUUCAAGGUGAUGUUUUCUUUCAACAAUGACCAAUUCUAUAUCAAACUCCCCAACGGCACAAUGAUGAGCUUCCCCAACCGUUUUGGCGAUGACAGCUUCAAGCACAUUGACGUUCAAGGUGAUGUCAAGGUUGAGAGCAUCAAGAUCAAAUAAGGUGGUCUACCGCGACAUCGCUCAUGGAAGAAUGUUCAAGCAAAUCAAAUGAGCCAGAACACCAUAAAAUGUCUCCGUCUGUAAGUUGAGGGUCACUCAGAAGGCUUGUAUG